AUGAGGACCCAGCGCAGCCAGUCGAGUAGCACUUCUCGUGUUAGCCACUCGGGUAGCGGCCACUCUGGUAGCGGCCACUCGGGUAGCGGUCACUUUAGUAGCCACUCGAAGUCGAAGCCCCGCUUGGUUGGUCGGUACGAGCUAGGAUGCACUCUAGGCCAGGGCAGCUUCGCUAAAGUGAAACUCGCUAGAGACGUGAAGACGCUGCAGCAAGUGGCGAUCAAGGUGAUGGAGAAGGAGAAGAUUCUCCAGCGCAACAUGGCCGACCAGGUACACUCUCCCGUCCAGGAACCAGAAAUCUUGGAAUUCCCGCGUUUCGCCACUGCUGGCACCCUCCGCCAUCGGCUGCAGGCGCGCUUGGAAACCUUGUCGGGAGAGCUGUUUCUUAUUUCCAUGCUGCGCGCUCCUGAAUGGGUUGGCGCAGAUAAAGCGCGAGAUCGCGGUGAUGAAGAUGGUGCGCCACCCGCACGUCGUGCGCCUCAUCGAGGUGCGCCUCCUCCGCGCUGCUUUCCCCCCAUUCCCCUCCGCUGCCUCAUUCUCAUCAAAUUCGGAACCCGCGUCCCCAUUCUCAUGUUCAUCCAUCUCUGCAACCCCCCUUCACCUUCGCUCUAUCGCCCUCCAUCCAAUGCCACCCUCAUUCUCUCGUUUUCGUCGCCCAUCGUGAUCGUGUCGUCGUCGCAUGUGUCGCAUCCCUGCGUGCAGGUGAUGGCGUCGCAGAGCAAGAUCUACAUGGUGCUCGAACUCGCCGCCGGCGGGCAGCUCUUCGACCGCAUCGUGAGUCGCGCGCGCUGUGCUGAACGCCGGAUGGUCACGUAG